AUGUAUAAAUUAAAUUACAUUUUGAUGUAUAUUGUGUUACUGAGUGAUUUAUUUGUACUUAGUAAAAAGUUGAAGAAAUUUGAUCCUGUUAUAAAAGAAGAAAACCAAUUAUAUCAAGAAGUAUCAUACAACUGUGAGUACAGCGGAUUUUUAAAUUUAGAUAAAGAUUUUAUUCUACAUUAUUGUUUUUUUGUUGGAGAAGAUGAACAUAAUGGUUUAGUUUUUAGAAAAUUUUUUUCAAAAGAAUUAAAAUGGGGUAAUUCUAAUGAAGUUUUGAAAACAAAUAAAAAGAUAAAUUUAUUUAUAUUCAUAGAUGAUUAUUUACUAGAAAAAUUAAUUUUAAUCUACAGUUACGAUAAAAAAAUUAGAAUAACAGUAUUUAAUAAUUAUACAGAACCAACAGAUAUUAUAGAAGAAAUUAGUUUGAAUUAUGAAUUUUUACAUAAGCCUAAUAUGACUACUAAAAUUACUUAUUUUUAUGAAAAAAAAAAAUCAGUAUGUGUAUGUGGGAUAAAUAAAAGUGAAAAUAUUCUGUGUACUUUUUCUUUUGAUUAUGGAUUAUCAAUGGAUGAUGACGAUUCUGUUGAAUUUGUUUUAAAAAAAAAAAUUCCAAUGGGUCAUUAUAGGAUGGAUGUGAAAUUUGAGAAAGAUUAUGUUUAUUUUAACUUAUUUGAUGAUUCAAAUGACACCAAUUUUUAUGAAUUGAAAUGUACUAAAAUAGAUGAUACAUAUGAAUGUAAUAUCUUAAAUAAAGUAAUAAAAGAUUUAGAUAAUAUCAAAUAUAAGCAUAUAUUGAGAAAUGAAUAUUUUGAGAUGGUGGCUUAUGAAAAUGAAAAUGCUUGUUAUAUAGGAUGGACAUUUAACUUUAUAAGUAUAAAUAAUGAGAUAAAUAAAAAAAUAACAGAAUCUUCAUGUUCUAAUGUAUCAGCAUACUAUGGUGAUGAAUUCUUAAUAAUUACCUACAAGAAACACGAAAAUGAAAAUAUUUUUUAUUCUAUAUUCGAAAACUUAAUUAUGAAAGCCAAAGGAUGCGAAUAUAAAAAUGGGGGAAGCUUAUAUGUGAUGAAUAAUUUUUUGAAUAAUAGUUGUGUAGUAAAUAUAAAUAAUAUGAAUGUUACAUCUGAUAAUUAUGAUGAAAUUAAUUUUAGUAUCGUUGUUCCAAGCAAAUUUAAUAUACAAGAAAAAUGUUUUUUAUCAAACCAAUUAUAUAAAAAUAAGAAGACUAAUUUAUAUUAUUUAGAAGAAGAAAAUAUAGAAGAAGAAGAUAUAAAAAUUUACACUUUUUAUUUUUAUAAGUACAUUUUGGCUUUUACUGAUUUUAAAGGAAGUAAAUGCAAUCUUGAAAGUGAUAAUAAAGAAGAAUUAGAAGUAUCAUUAAUAUCAGAGAACUUUUAUCAUGAAUUCAAUUGUGAUAUUUCAUUAGAUUCUUGUGAUUUUUUUGUUCAUAGUCAAAGUAAAAUAAAUAUAAAUUAUAAUAAGGAAUGGAUAGUUGAUAAAGAAUUACAAAAAUCUAAUGUUAUUUAUAAUGAUUCACAUAUAUCUUUAUAUGAUGUUAUUAGCUUUUCUAAUGCAAAUCAGUUGAUAACUAUUAAUAAUGAUAUCAUACAUAUCAUUAUUCCAUCACUUAUACUUCAUACUAGAACUUUAAAAAUAGAAUUUACAAAAAAUAAUACAGAAGAGAAACGUUAUGUUAUUAUAAGGUUGCAAAGAGAUGUUUAUCCAAUUAAAAAAGUACUAGGUGUAAAUUUUUCAGAUAUUUUUGAUAUUUAUUACAAAUAUUAUAAUUAUUAUAAUGAAAAGGCGAGUUUUUUAUUAAAUGAAUUUGAAGAAACAUCAUAUAUAGGUAUGAUAUGUCAAACAAAUAAAGAAAUGACUUCUUCUCCUUGUUCCUUGACUCUUUCUGAUUUUUUUAAUAAAUUUAUUCGAAUACAAAAAUUAUUUCCAAAGAAUAUGCCUUUUGUGUACUAUAAUUCCAAAAGAAAAAUACAAAUAAGCAAACCUUAUUUUUUAAAUGAAACACGUUUUGUUGUCUUUAAAAAUUUCGGAUCAUUUUUAGAAAAAAAUGGUAUAAAAUAUAUGAAUCUUACAUGUAAAUGUCCCAAAAAAAAUUCAGAUUCAGAUGAAUUUAAUGAAAUUAAUUUCACUAUCACUAAUGAACGAAUAUCUCCCGACGUUCUUCAAUCUACUGAAGUUAUUGAAGUACCUAAAUCUUCUAAAGAUACUGAAGUUUCUGAAGUCCCUGAUGAGUCGAAAUCUUCCAAUUUUAGGGAAUACCCAGCAAUUACUAAAAGAACUUCACAAAAAAUUUUAGGAUUAACAAAUAACUUAAGUGACGAUUAUUUUUAUAGAAAAAGUUAUUCUACUUAUUUUAACAUAAAUAUUUUGUUACUUAUUAUUAUUUUUAUUAUUACAUAG